CCUCUUUGCAUUAGGUGGUUUUAGCACAACUAAAAGCGGCGGUAACUGUGUAAAGUGAGAAAGCGUGUGAGACAUCGUAUCUAACUUCCAAUAUUAUAAAUUAGUUUUUGAUACAAUUAAGUACAAGUAUUUAGUCUCUUAUUUCGCUCCUUGAAAUACAGUUUUUCUCAUAUAAAAGAAAUGGAGGGAAACAAAGAAAAGAUUGGUAAAGGAAGAGGAGCUCUCCUUUUAAAAUUAAUAAAGGAGAAGGACAAAGCUGAAAAGGAAAGUGCAGCACAAUCUACAUUAAGCACUUCUGGCAUACAUAGUCAAACACAGUCUACAUCAGCAACUAUUCCUACUGUGAUACCUAGCCAAACACAAUCUGCUGUUCCAUCCACUGUUGGAAGACACAUGAUCUCAGCAAGUUCUUCUACAGUGGGCUGUGACAGAAGUAGUUUAUUAAAUGUAAUAAAAGGAAUGAGACCUACAGAAGUACCAAGCCCUAAACCAGCUCCACCAAAUAUAGGCAGAGGAUCCUUAUUAAGCCGAAUUAGAACCACUGCGGCUGUUGAACAGCCUCAACAGUCAAAAGUUUCUGGACCACCUCCUACUGAUGAGGGUGUAAUAGGCAAAUUAUCUGACAUUAAAUUACAUGAGCGUACAAGUAGUUCUGAACCAUCAUAUCCAAAACCUCCACCUAUUUCUCGACAGGGAACAGGUGGAAAACCGAUACAACUAAGUGGCAACUAUAUAAAUCUCAAGUUAAAUCCAGAAAAAGGACUGUUUAACUAUGAAGUUAAAUUUAAUCCCGACAUAGAUUCAAGACCACUUCGCCGAAAACUUCUUAAUCAACAUUUACAAGCGCUUGGACGAACAAAAGUGUUUGAUGGAGUUACACUGUAUUUACCUCAAAAGUUAAAACAGGAUACAACUAUUUUUGAAUCUAUACAUCCGGUGGAUGGGUCAAAAGUAAUGUUAACAAUGAUAUACAAAAAAAAGCAAAGUAUGUCAGAAAACAUUCCAUUCUUCAAUGUUUUACUUGGCCGUGUUAUGCGAGCCCUUAGUUUAGUUCGCAUUGGCCAACAUAGCUUCAACCCAAAGGGAAUACAUUCUGUGCCACAACAUAAAUUAGAAGUGUGGCCCGGUUAUGUCACAGCCAUCAAUGAAUAUGAGGGUGGUUUAAAAUUAUGUAUAGAUGCACGUCAUCGUGUUAUGCGUACGGAAACAGUACGUGACAUGAUGAUUACAUUUGGAAAUAAACCAAAUUUUAAGGAUGCUAUUACAAGGGAGUUAAUUGGUCUAUCGGUUUUUACAAAAUACAAUAAUAAAACUUACCGUGUCGAUGAUAUAGCGUGGGAUAAGAAUCCAACGUACACGUUUGAUAAGGGAGGCAAUAAAAUAACAUUACUAAAUUAUUAUAAAUAUCAUUGGAAUUUAGAAAUAAAGGAUACAAAGCAGCCGCUUUUGGUUCACAAUGGUAAAACUAAAUUACCUACGGGUGAAACACGAGAACAAUUGAUAUUGUUGGUUCCUGAAUUAUGUCAUACAGCAAGUUUGAGCGAUAGUAUUCGUUCAGAUUUUAGAGUAAUGAAAGAUCUUGAUGCGUUAACUAAAAUGACUCCUAAUGCUCGACGCGAUGUAUUUAGACAUUUUGUGCAAGAAAUACAAAAUAACGAUAUACCGCGGGAGAUUUUAGCUGAAUGGGGGUUGCAAUUAGAACCUGAUUUAGCAGAAUUUAAAGGUAGAGUUUUUGAACCCGAGACUAUUAUGUUCGGUAAAGACUGCAAGUAUUGGUCCGAUACGAAACCAGCGGAAUGGAGUUCUGCUGCGUGUAGAAAUCCUUCACUGAGGACUCUUAAUUUAAAUAGUUGGUUCGUCUUGCAUUGUCAAAGAGAUUCAAAAUGCGCACUGGAGUUUGUUCAAAUGUUGAAAAAUGUUACUAAAGUCAUGGGCAUAUGUGUUAGAGAACCACAAUUAAUAUCUCUGAGAGAUGACAGAAUUGAAACGUUUUUACAAGCAUUACGAAAUAACAUACGAGAACAUGUCAACUUGAUGGUGAUCGUACUUCCAAGUAAUCGAACCGAUAGGUAUUCUGCAAUAAAAAGAGUGUGCUGCGUCGAAAUGCCUGUACCUUCCCAAGUAAUAAUAUCCCGAACUAUUUGUCGGGCUGACAAAUUAAAAAGCAUAACAGAAAAAAUUGCGCUACAAAUUAAUUGUAAACUAGGUGGAGCACUUUGGGCAUUGGCCAUACCAAUGGAUAAUUGCAUGAUAUGUGGGAUAGAUGUGUAUCAUGCAGGCAUUGGCCAGUCAACAAAAGGUAGCGUUGCGGGUUUUGUAGCAAGUCUAGACAAAUUAUUAACAACUUGGCACAGUAAAAUUUGUCUACAAGGUCAACAUCAAGAAUUAAUAGAUAUGCUGCAAAUCUGCAUGAUUUCGGCACUAAAAGCUUACCACAAACAUAACCAACAUUAUCCAGAUCGCAUUAUUGUAUAUCGCGAUGGUGUUGGAGACGGUCAAAUAGAAACAGUUGCUAAAUACGAAGUAAAACAAUUGUUGGCUAUAUUGAAAAAUAUAGAACCGAAUUACCAGCCAACGUUAACUGUUAUAAUAGUUCAAAAACGCAUUACUACGCGAUUAUUUGCAAAAUUGCCAAUGGGAUUGGAAAAUCCUCCACCAGGAACAAUCGUAGAUUCCUAUAUAACGAAACCUUAUCUCUACGAUUUUUAUUUAGUCUCUCAAAACAUACGCCAGGGUACAGUGUCACCGACGCAUUAUAUCGUUGCUUACGACAAUAAAAAUAUGAAACCAGAACAUUUACAACGAUUAACGUAUAAGCUGUGCCACUUAUAUUAUAAUUGGCCAGGUACCAUAAAAGUUCCUGCUCCAUGUCAGUAUGCACACAAAUUAGUAUCUCUUGUUGGACAAAACAUACAGUUGGAACCGCAUCAAUCGCUUUCUAAUAUACUCUAUUACUUGUAAGUUAUUUCAAUCUAUGACUGAUUUAUCUUUCUAAAAUAUUGACUGCAUUUAGAUGUAAGUAUGUAUAGUUAUCUAUACCGACGUAAGAUUUUCAUAAUUCACUUUUUUAUAGUUUCGAAAAGUAUUAUAAGUAAAUAGACAAAGUUACAUUUUUUUUGUAAGAUGUAAGUGAAGCAAUUUUUAAGUUCAUACCACAUAAUUAUGUAUAAGUAAAUUUGUUGUUCUUUGAAAAAAAAUAAAUACUUAUAUUUUUUCAUAAAUACAACAGUUACAAUUAAUUACUUGGAUUUGACUUAUCACUAUUUUUUAAGUGAUAACAUUCGGUACAAUAAUUACUAAUAAUUAAGCUAAUGGUUUAAGUAAUUCCUAGAUCAUUAAGCACACAGAGUAUGAAUCACAUGGAAAAGAUUUCAGAAUUGGACGAGUACGAACUCUGGACCUUGUGCAUGAAUAUCAAAUAUUUCAACUACUUUGUGAAACACAUACUUCACCUUAAUUUACAUAUUAUAACAGGACCAAUGAAUUACACGAAUAACGUUUAUCUGCGGCCUUUGAUAUCAUGCAAAUUUAACCAUGACUAUGUUUACUUUGCGAGUUGUGCAACAUUAUGCAUCACUUUUUAUUAGAAACUAUAUUUUCUCCUUUAGCACUGUUCAAAACGAUUAGUAUGGCCGAUUAGUGGAGAGGAAUUUAUUUAUGUGCUUACGUAUGUGUUUACAAACGACCCUGCCGAUGAGGAUCCAAUACCCAGAACGACGCGAGCGAAAUGCGUGUAUCCAUAGUCGUCCACCUUGACUUGAAAGCACGCAUACGUGUUCGUGCAAGCGCAUGUCUCUAUACAUAUUAUGACGCUCUAUGUCAGUGUGAGACAUUAAAGGAAGCAGUGGCGUAAUAAAAAUUGUAAUGACAAAAAUUCAUAUCAUUACUCAAACAUUAUUAUACACAUUUUCAAUUAUAAAAAUAUUUUUUAUAUCAUUCAUCAUGUAAUUUUCACGUAACUGUUAUCCCUAAUAGUAUUAAGUUAUUUUUAAUUAUAAAAGGUGAAACAACUAUGAAUUUGCAAGAAAUUUUAUAAGCAAGAUACGUAAGUUCACUUAGUAUAUAUGUAUACAGCUGCGGUGAAACUAAAUCACUGGUUACUUAGAUUUUUGUAAGAGGAUGUAGCGCAAGCCGGACGACUUCCGAAAGGAUACACCGCAUUGCGGUGUUUAGUCGGCAGGAUAGUUACGCCACUGCAAAAGAGACAACCGCAUGUGUAUGUAAAUACGUACAUACGUACGUACAUACAUACGUACGGAUGUGUAUUUACGGUCGUGGCGUAUCGCGUAUCGAGUCGCCGCCGUCGCCGCCAUUCGAGCGGUUAGCGCCUGCGUACAUCUUGUUUACAACUGCGGAGCUUACCAUACACAUGACCUUUACAAUAUGGACAUGAGCGCCUAUUUAGCUGUCUAGGCGUGCGACGGAAAAAAGUUCAAGAUACGUGCGUGUCGUUUGUGAACAUUAAUGUGUACCGAGGAAACGACAAAAUUAAGUGAUCUUUAACUUGGUUAUUCAAGAAAAACAGUUAGAGUACACAACUUGGUGAUCACAAGUGACGCGAUAUUUGUCGUUCGCACGCGGGCGGUAGGGGGAAGAGAGGGAUGGUGGGUACGAAGGGAGAUCCGAAUUUUUCACCUCGAGCAGAUGUGAUUGUCGCGAACAGAUUUUGCCUGUUUCCAAACAGGAGUUUGUGCCCAGGACAUGCCGUGCACGUUGGCGUAGUGUUGUUAACCGCAUCGUGAACUCCAUUCGCGUGUUUCCGUAAAGUGCUCGAUAUAUAAGGGGUGUGAGAAGAGAAGUGCGUUCUCUCAUCGACCUGGAAUGCUGCCGUGUUUUGAUGUGCCUACUAUUGCGCAUGAAAAAAUCGUACUGCCCUUGACAAUAGCCUAUUUACCCGAAGCAGGCCACCUUUAUACCGCGCUAACCAGCUAUAAGAGGGGUUCAACCACCCACCUGCGUGUGUAUCGCCCGUUCCUCUCUUUUUCUCUACCUCUCUACGUAUUUCCUCUAAACGUACGAGCGAACGGCCACGGAACGUGCGCGCGCGCGCGCGAA